GCAAACAGCAUAUUAUAAAAUAAGCAAUGAGUUAAUUUGUAUUAUUAAACGGUUCCAUUGUGUAUGUCUGUUUUAAAUAAAUUUUCUCAUUCAAUUCAUUGACCAAGAUGACAUCAUUUACAACGAUCUACGUCAGUUUUAUCACUGCAUACGUCAUAUCGUCGAAUUCAGGAAACAUUUAUGUGACAGGUAACAAUCCAUGCAGAAGACAAAAUGGCGGGUGUGUUCAACAAUGUAUUCACAAAGAUGGAGAGUUUAGUUGUCCAUGUUUUCCAGGAUUUAAAAUGACGAAAAAUGGGAGAAAUUGCGAGGACCUUAAUGAGUGUCUUACACACAAGGGAUUAUGUCAACAUCUGUGCCAUAAUAUCAUAGGAAGUUACGAAUGCUCUUGCUUGGAAAAUUUUGUUCUAAGCUCGAACGGACAUACAUGUAUUCCGACAGGAAAGUUGAAUUCAAACAGGAAUUUGUCGAUAGAUCAACAACUGGAUGGAGAUGAUGAUUUUUUUGAUGAUCGACCCUGUAAUUUGAGAUCUGGAUACAGACUACAUACCGAUGGGUCAUGCAUAAGAUUGUGCUCUCAUGGUAAUGGGGGAUGCCAACAUAAAUGUGUGGAUAAAGGAAAAAGAGGGAUAUUCUGCAAAUGCCAUGUCAGCUACACGUUAGCUGCUGAUAAAAGAAGUUGCGUUGAAAUUCAAAAGUCGAAAGCAGUGCCAAACAUGCUCAACAAGCUUUUGUUACGCAGAACGAAAAAAGCUUCGAGUUGUUCAAUCGACAAUGGAGGUUGUGACAUAAAUUGCGAAGAAACGCCUGUUGGCGCUCAGUGCUCUUGUCCACAUGGAUUCAUUCCGAGAAUGGAUGGGCGAUCUUGUGAAGAUAUAAACGAAUGCGCCUUAAACAAUGGAGGUUGUCAUCAUACAUGUCAUAAUAGUCACGGCAGUUUUCAAUGCAGUUGCGAUGACGGAUAUAGAUUGGAUUUAGACGAAAUAACAUGUUCAGAUACAAACGAAUGUGAAAUGAAUGAUACGUGUGCGCACGAAUGUAUUAAUUCGAUGGGAAGUUACGAAUGCUUAUGUAAAGAAGGAUUUGCAAAAUUUGCAAUGGCAAGGUGUGGAGAUAUAGACGAAUGUGCAGCUAAUAACGGUGGUUGUGGACAUGACUGUAGGAACACAAUUGGCAGUUAUGUAUGCAAGUGUCGCGAAGGGUAUUUUCUGCAUUGGAACAAAAAAGACUGCAUAUUGAAGAGCUCAUGCCCAGAACUGGCAAUUGCUCGUGAACAAGCGGGCUCACUCAACUGCAACAUGAGAUCUAAAACUUGUAUGCUAGAAUGUAGAAAGCAUCACAAGUUCAUAUCAUCAAUGAACCCUUCCAAAUAUUUUUACACAUGCGGGCACGAAUUGCCAGAUGACCUAAUACAAUCUGAAGACACAAAGUAUCAGUGGAUUAAUAGUCAUUUGAGAGAAAAUAAUUCGCUUUUUAAUUGUGCAGAUGGCUCCAGCGAGAUUCUCCGACAAAUAGUAAAGAUUAAGUUGAACUUGAAACAAUGUAGUCUGGGAGUAAGAAAUAUUCACAAAACUCUACCGUCUCCAGCAUUACGCGUCGAGUUUUCCAGUUUUAUUGCUCAUUGUGAAUCGACGAAAAAGAAAAAAUCUCGUUCCCAAAUUCAAAUUGAGAUUGAAUUAUUAGUUCGAUUGUCAAAAAAAUGUGACCAGAAGUGUGCUCAAAAGAAACAGAACAAGUAUGCCAAGUCAUUGACAAAAGCAGUCAAACGCGCAAUUGGCAAGAAACAGUUUUACACAAACUUCAAAACCACCGACUUAUCUAUUGGUAGAAAACGGGGAAUUGAUGUUGGGAUGAAGACAAGUUGUGAGAUAGGAGAGAGAUUGGAUAAAUCAAACAACAGUUGUGAGCCUUGUCCAACGGGAACAAGAUACGACAUAUCAUCCGAUUCCUGUCAAAACUGCACCAAUGGAUUUUACCAAGAUCAGCUAGGACAACUUACAUGCAUGCCAUGUCCAAGACGAUUAGUUGAUGCUGGAAGAGGAACGUUUUCGGGGAAAACUGUUACGGAAUGCCCAGGACUCUGUCGACCGGGUUAUUUUUCCGCCAGAGGUUUUGGACCUUGUCGACCUUGCGCGAGAGGUACUUACCAACCAGAAUUUGGUCGUCGUGGAUGUUACGAGUGUGGCAGAGGAAUAACAACUAAAGGUUUAGCUUCAAAUAGUUUUGAACAAUGUUCAGUGCGUGCAAAAUGCAGUCCAGGUCACUAUUACGAUAUUCGUGUAUCCACUUGUAUCCGAUGCCCUUUUGGUUUUUAUCAACAUCAAAUGGGGCAGAACUAUUGCCAUAAAUGCCCUAACAACACAACCACAGAUUUUGAUGGAUCGACUGACGUCGAUUCUUGCAAAGAUAGAGAAUGUGGUGGUACAGGCGGGGAUUAUCAAGGAAUGAUUCAAUCUCCUAAUUAUCCUGGUAACUAUCCUGUAAAUAUUCGAUGUCAGUGGACUAUCGUUCCGCCUAAAGGAAGAAAGAUUCUUUUCGUUGUUCCUGAAAUACAUUUAGUGAGAGAAGAUGACUGCGGUGACUAUUUGAAGAUACGAAAAUCAUCGUCACCUUCGUCAGUAGUUACGUACGAAUCUUGUCAAACGUAUAAAAAUCCAUAUGCUCACACUGCUCGUUCAAAAAAACUGUGGAUUGAAUUUAAAUCUGAUGGACAAAAUACGGCCAAAGGGUUUCAAAUACCAUAUGUGACAUACGAUGAAAAUUAUGAAACCAUAAUAAAGAACAUUGUCAACGAUGGUAGAUUAUAUUCUGCAAAUUAUCAUCAAGAUAUUCUUAAGGACAGGAAAUCACGAAUGACACUGUUUGAAGUGCUGGCACAUCCGGAAAAUUAUUUUAUUCUUAGAAAAGAAAAUUUUCGGGGACUAUUUCGAAAGUCGUUCAUAGACUUCCUCGAAGACAAAGUUAUAACGUUUUUAAAUCCACCAGACAUAAACUAACAAUAGCAUAGAAUGUGACUGGAAAUAUCCAAAACAUAUGAAGAACGCGCAAAAGAAAUGUGGAAUUGGUACACUUUCACCGUACAUAUCUCGUUAAUAGCAAGACUAUAUUAAUAUAAUGCCAUAUCUUUCUAAUUUAUGCUUGCUAUUCAAGGAUGCAGUGGUUAAACUUUACAAGACUCUAUCAAAUUGAAAAUAAUAUAUAUAUUGUUUUCAUGUUAUGUUUUUCUUAGACAACUGUAUACAGACAAUGUUUAUUUUCGUACAUUGAGGAAACAUUACGUUGUGAAGCAUCUGCAAUAAAACAGCUAAGGAUUUUCGUUCAAUACCGUUAUUUCCAAACAUAUUUCAUGUUAUGUUCCUCUUAAACAACUGUACAAACAAUGUUUAUUUUCAUACAUUAGGAAAAUAUUCCGUUGUGCAGAAUCUGCAAUAGAACAGCACUGGUUUUUAUUCAUUUUAUGACAAUAUUUCACACUUUCAUGUUUUUUUUACAUUCAGUAUGAUUCAAGAUGCUUUUUCUUGUGACCGUCGCGCUUGUCCGCUAUUGUGAAACAAUGUGUUUUUUAAGUACACUUGUCAAAUUCAAAGCGCUGUACAACUUCUAUCCAUUAUAUUCAUGGUUAUCCAAUGAACAGAAGGCUAGAUAUACAUUUGUUCUAUUCUUCUUAAUAUUUAAUCUCAAUGAUUACCAAAUAACUCAUAACAACGGUGACUGGAAAAAGAAGCCCCCAACUGUAGCUAGUAGAGUACGUCUGGUAUUAAAUCAUUUAAGAUCAUGGUUAACGGUUUCUUAGGCGUUUAAACUGGGCAACUCAAUUCAAGGAAAACGUAAUGAAGUAUUUAGUUAAUACAUGUUUAUUUAAAUACACAAUUUUUAUAAUCCUAAAAAUGAGCUGCUAAAUUUGAAAUUUGUUUUUUUUAAAUCAAGUUCGUUUGUAUAUUUUGAGUACGAAGUGUACCUGUGGAUAGUUUGCAAAACGGUUGUUGUUAUUGUAGGGUUGUUGGUAUUGUGAAAAAAAUCAUUUUUUUCUGCAACUAAUGG